AUGGAACCCCUGAGCACGGUAUCUUCGAUUCUCAGUUUGUUGGAUAUAUCUCUACGGACGACUUCCGCCUUAGCUAAGUAUGCUCAAGCCACUCGACAUGCCGCAUCCGAACGAGGCCUCCUUGCAAAGGAAGCGCUUCUCCUAUCAAGUCUUCUAGAACGGUUAAAGGAUCGAACGGAAAGCGCAAACCCAAACCAGAAAUGGCUGGAUGAUAGAGCAGAUAUCUUGAACCAGUUUCAAAGUGCCUAUGCUGACCUCGGCAAAGCACUAAAGCUGAGUGCUUCAUCACCAAAACUAGUCCAAGAGAGCCGCUUCAAGGCAGCCAUAACAACAGCAAAAUGGUCUUUCUCCAAGGCCGAGGUUUUUGCUCUCCUGGAGCGCCUUACUCGCCUGCAGCAGUACGCCAAUACGCUAUUACUGGAACAUCAAGAUACUGUUCUUGGCCGCAUAGACAAGAGGCAGCAACAGGUCGUUGACGAGAAGUACAAGCAAUCCAUCCUCAGCUGGCUGUCACCGCUGCAGAUGAACCGUACUCUGCGGACCAUCUCUGAGCGGGCGGCCGAGGGGUCGGGGAAGUGGUUCCUGACUUCCGAAGCUUAUGAGCGAUGGGGUGCCGGCACCGAAAGGCUUUUGUGGGGUUGGGGAAUACCAGGGGCGGGUAAGACAGUGCUCGCAGCGCUCGUCGUUGAACAACUACGUCGGCGGCGGGUUGAGAUCAGCGGCAACAGGAAUAAGUUCGGUGUUGCUGUGGUUUUUCUUAGGUAUCAUGACCCGGAACAUACCCUUCAUAACAUACUCGCAAGUCUCAUCAAACAAUUGGUACAAGAACGAGACUCUGUUCCCGAUCAGCUUCGAGAGUUGUUCGACAACCACUGCGGCCAGGAAACGACAGCAUCUCUAGAAGAUAUCUUGGACGCCCUGUCAGCUUUGGUCGAGACGUACAACAUGGUUCACAUCGUUGUCGACGGGCUGGAUGAGUGCAACGAUGAGGUCCGAUGGAUGUUGGUUGAGAAGCUUCAGGGGCUGCCUCCCAAUGUCUGCUUGAUGCUGACAUCUCGCUUCCUCGAAACCAUCGACGAGGAGCUGGCCGACUUUGAACGCAUGGAGAUCAAAGCUCACAAAGAUGACAUUGAGCUGUACAUCGACGCUCAAAUCCGGAAAAACAGGAACCUACGAAGGAUGGUUCAGAGAAGUCCGGCGUUACGCCAGGAUAUCAAGGACGUCGUGACCAAGACGGCGCAAGACAUGUUUCUUCUCGCGCGCCUUCAUGUUGAGUCUCUUGUAAGCGCAGCUGCUCUAUCGGUUAAGCAUGUCCGCAACAAGUUACAGACUCUCCCCAUGACCCUCCCCGAGACAUAUGAUGAGGCUAUGCGCCGAAUCACGAACCAGGAACCAGAACACAGAGCCAUUGCGCUGAAAGCUUUGGCAUGGGUCAGCUACGCGUUCCGGUCCCUAUCUUUGAGGGAACUUCAGCAUGCAUUGGCAAUUGAGCCAGGGGUCGCAGAGCUGGAUGAGGAACUCAUGAUUGAGGGAAACAAUCUCAUCUCGCUUUGCGCGGGACUCAUCGUUAUUGAUCAAGAUACGAGCGUUGUGAACUUAGUACACUACACCACGAAGAACUAUUUCGAAGACAUCCGCCUCACGACCUUUCCCGGCUUCCAUGCCACUAUCACCAUGAGUUGUGCUACCUAUUUGAACCUUGAUGUGCUCAAGGAUGCGAGCAUCUGGAAGAUUGUACGAUGGUACCCUUUAGCAUGUUAUGCUGCACAACACAUGGCGGAACACGCACGGCAAAAUCCUGAAGACGCUCUUGAGCCACCAAUACUGGAUAUAAUCUGUCAGCUUCUUUCGCGACCCGACAAGAGGAGACCACUUCUGGCUUUGUUGGAUGGACUGGAUCUGAUAAAUGCUGGUUUCUACUCUUCUUUCAACCCUGCACUACAUACCCAAGAUGAUCUGGGGAUCAGAGAAGGUACAUCGACAUUCAGUCACGACGACACGAUUUCCGAAUCCCGACCGGCUAGCAUCCGCACUCAUAGCGCACCUGCAGAUUUGUCGAGUUCAGAGACUGAUGCUACGGACACGGAAGAUGACCUACCCUCCUCGCAGGACACUGCUGUCAGGACAUCAGGAUCACCCGAGGUGACAGCACUUCAUCUUGCGGCGUCUAUGGGUCUCGCUAAGGUUGCGUCUAUGCUGCUCAAGAGCUCUCCUGACGUUGACGCUCUUGAUGAAAAUGGGAAUACCGCGCUUGCUGUUGCCAUGGAAAGGGGCUUUGCGAAGGCCGUCGAAUUCCUAAUCGAGAGCGGCGCUUGUGUCGACCUAGCCGAUGGUCACGGCAGAGGUGUUCUCUUGCUUGCGGCCGAGCGUGACUGGACGAGGGUCGCAGAACUCAUUGUUCAGAGGGGCAGAGCUACCGUUGCGGAAGAUGCUCGAGGGGAUCACAGAGGUUCAGUCCAGGCGUUUAUCGCAGCUUACUACGGGAAGGCUGCGGAUCUCAAGCGUUCACUUGAUCAGAAAGACGUAGAUCUGGGCGGAGAGAAGUUGGAAGCGGGUGAGAUGGCUUUGUUCAUCGCUGUUGAGCGAGGGCACACCGAUCUGGUUAGCAUUCUCAUCAACGCUGGUGUCAACGUCAACGCGAAAGACAGCACUGGUCAGACUUCUUUACAUCGCGCAACACGACGCGGAAACGAGUCCAUAAUGCAGACACUACUUCAACACGGCAUCGAUAUAGAGCAAAAGAACGAUGACGGCCGUACAGCUUGGAGUGCAAACGCGCAAACCUGUAAUGAACACAUCCUGGGAAUCCUUCUCAAAGCUGGAGCCGAUCCGAAUACUCGGGGCCAACAGGGAGUUCAUGAGAUCUACCAUGCGGCGGCGCGUGGCGAUGCGAACUACGUCCGUUUCCUUCUCAAAAGUGGGACAAACCCUUCAAUCACAACUGACUUCGGUUGGGCUCCGCUCCACUGGUCAUCUUCCAAUGGCCAUGUGGAGACGGUCAAGCUGCUUUUAGAAGCAGGCGCUGACCCGUCGCCCGUGGCUGAUCAGGACAAGACACCCCUGGAUAUGGCAAUACAAAGUAAUCAGAGUGGUACCGCUGAGCUCCUCAGAAAGGCCGGAGGACUCCGGCACCAAGAGCUCGCCUCCAGCCUCGGGCGCCUAUCGUUAAGUGAACCGCGAACUACUACAUUCAGAACUACGGAACGGGCCAGCUCCGGUAAAGAGGCACAGUUAGGAACAGACGAAGGUAAUAUAGCUUCAAGAAAACGCCGAUUCAUCUUCGAUGAGAGCAUGUAUCCCUUGCUGAUUCCUGGUUACUUCGUUUACUGCCCGGACGAAGAGCGGCAGCCCGGCUCAAAGCAUUCAACCUAUGCGAUUAGUCAACCGCUGGGAACAGGCGGCACGUCACUCACCAUUCGGCAUGCAGAAGGCCUUGGCAGAGCGCUCUUUCCGGAAUACCUCACUGGCCUCGCAACAUACUUAGGCUCAAGUGACACGCUCUACGAGAUUGUAGCAAAGAGUGUGGACUACCAACACAUGGAACUUCGAGGAAGUCCAAAUGGCCCUUUUCCUGGAACGAUUAUCAUGACCAAAGCAUGGACGGGCUCCUGGCAGACGCAUCAUAACCACGACGGCAAGAGUAGCUUGCUCUUCCGGACUGCGCCUGACUGGUCGAAGACGAACAACGAUGCGCUUCGUUGGACGGCCGAGGACGGAACACUGCUAGCUCGGACUGGAUUCAUAGAGAAGCUACCGGUUCUGGAUAUUGAGAUCGGAGUGGAGCAUGCCUUACAGGAGGUUCUCAUUGCCUGCUGGAUCGCAAGAACAUGGUCGACAUUUCAGACAGUCCCCACGGAGGAAACAUUAUGA